AUGAAGGUCCUCGUCAAGAUCCUCGCGGCAGUCGUGCCCAUCGCCGCUGCCUUGGAGCAUACCUCAACGACGGCGCAAAUUCGCCUCGCGUACCAUGGCGACGAUGGCAUGACGGUUAGCUGGAACACUCUCCAGCACGUCAAGCAUCCCAAGGUGCACUGGGGCCUCUCAGAAGACAACCUCAACAACACCGCUUCGUCCGACGUGUCUGUUACCUACCCGACAUCGACAACCUAUAGCAACCACGUGCUCAUCACUGGUCUGGCUCCAGGCACCACCUACUACUACCUGCCUUCGCCGCUGUCUGUCAAGUGCAAGGAUGCCCGGAGGAAGCCAUAUAGCUUCACGACGAGCCGCCGGGCUGGCGAUAAGGCACCGCUGUCCGUCGCCGUCGCCGUCGACCUCGGCACCAUGGGCAGCUUGGGUCUCAGCACGACGGCCGGCAGCGGGGUGUCUCCCAACAAUGUACUCAAGCCUGGGGAGAAGAACACCAUCGACUCCUUGACCAGCAGCCAGUCCGGGUAUCAGUUCUUGUGGCACCCUGGCGACAUUGCCUACGCCGACUAUUGGCUCAAGGAAGAAAUCCAGGGCUUCCUGCCCAACACCACCAUUGAAGAGGGCUACAAGGUGUACGAGUCCAUUCUCAACGAGUUUUACGACGAGAUGAUGUCCGUCACCGCCACGCGGCCGUACAUGGUCGGUCCUGGCAACCACGAGGCCAACUGUGACAACGGCGGCACCACCGACAAGGCGCACAACAUCACGUACAACAGCACCAUUUGCUUCCCGGGCCAGACCAACUUCACCGGCUACAAGAACCACUUCCGCAUGCCGAGCGAUGUCUCUGGAGGCACUGGCAACUUCUGGUAUAGCUUCGACAACGGGCUGGUGCACUUUAUCCAGCUCGACACAGAGACAGACCUGGGCCAUGGCUUCGUCGGCCCGGACGAAACAGGUGGCUCGGGAGGUAUUGGCGCGGAUCCGGUCAACGCCACCAUGGAUGCUCAGACGACGUGGUUGAAGGCAGACUUGGCGGCCGUUGAUCGAAGCAAGACUCCUUGGAUCGUCGUGGCGGGUCAUCGCCCGCUCUACCUCAGCCACGCCAAUGACAGCACCUUUUGCUCCGCGUGCCAUGAGAUCUUCGAGCCGCUUUUUCUCCAGUACGACGUCGACCUGUACCUAUCCGGUCACGCUCACGUCUAUGAGCGUCUUGCCCCCCUCGGUCUCAACGGCACUGUUGACCCGGCAGAACUGAACAACCCCAAGUCUCCGUGGUACAUCACCAACGGCGCCGCCGGGCAUUACGACGGCCUCGACUCUCUGCAGAGCCCUCGAAAGCCGUACAGCAGAUUUGGCUUGGACACCAACAAUGCCGUCUAUGGUUGGAGUCUCUUGACUUUCCACAACAGCACGCAUUUGACUCAUGAGUUUGUUGCAAGCAACAACAAUACUGUUCUCGACUCCGCAACUCUGUAUAGAGCCCACAAGUAA